UACAUGAAAGCCGCUUCUGUGUUUGCAGAUAUACUCCUGCCCCACUGUGCACAGUGUAAACUAUAUAUACACACGUAUAGGCUGAUAGCACUAACAUACAACCUCAUGGCAGAGAGUGCGUGUUCAAGAAGACAUUCAGAGAACCAUAGGAUUCAGUUGAUCGUGAGUAGUGCGAUGGUCAACUUGGUUCUUGAUGAAUGUACAUAUGUGCGCGUAUCGGUACACUUCACGUUAAUUGCACAUUGAUAUAUCUACGAGCAGUUAAUUCUCGAUAACAGUUUUUUUCACAAAUAAUUUCAUUAUGCGCGAAAAGAUACAAUGAAAUCGAUGGGCCGCAAAAUCAUUUGGAUGUGUUUUGAACGAUGAACGGAUGAAGAGGGAUGGAACGGCAGUGCAAAUUGACGGGUCUUCUCGAAGAUGCCAUAAUCUCUGGACGAGGAUAAUUUUGCAGUAAUAAAAUUCAACGCAACAAUCAAAUCAUCAUGUUCUAUCCGCAGAGAGCGAUGCGACAGAUGUCGGAAAUCUCCUAUGUAGGAGGUUUCAAAUUGAUAAGAAUGUCAACUAAUCGAGAGGGCGAAACUGCAGUGACCAUCCCACUGCAGUAUAAUGAAGCUCAUUGGAAAGCUAUUUUUGAAAAGUAUGAUCUUGAUGGAGAUGGAAAAAUAUCACUACAAGAGUUAAAAGCGAUGAUAUGUGGUACAGAGUUCUGCAAUGAUAUUCCUACUGGGGUGGUCGACAAAAUAAUGCACAAGGCGGAUCUGGAUGAUUCUGGUUAUUUGGAAUAUCCAGAAUUCAUAGCAAUGAUCCACAGAAAGGACAUGCAAAAUCUAUUUGGACACCUCGUGCAACGAUAUGUGCAUUGUGUGAUACCUCAACGACCAACCCGCACGAUGAGGCAAACUUCUGUGGGCUCGAGGUAUUAUCCUCAGCGACAAAUCAGUAUUGUAAUGCACACACCACCACCUCCUCCUUCCCCUUCGAGCUUCGGCGAUUCUCCCCAGGCACUUAUGCUUAAUAGUCGCCACCGCUCUACACGUAUUACCGAUCUACAGCGCCUACAACAACAAACAAGUACAAUAACGGAAACUUCUUUGUACUCUAGCGACUAUCCGGAUGGGCUGUACGAAGAUGAGUACAGCUGUCGACCGCCGGCCAUAGCAAUGAUAAUCAUAUCGAUAAUAGAAAUCAUUUUAUUCAUAUAUGACGUGAUUAAGCACAAAUCUCUUUCUGUAGAAGGCCCGGCAGCUACAUUAUUUAUUUAUAAUCCGCACAAGAGAUACCAAGCCUGGCGAUAUCUAACGUAUAUGUUUGUGCAUGUUGGAAUCUUCCAUUUGGUCGUUAAUUUACUGGUACAAAUUAUGUUGGGUAUUCCGUUAGAAAUGGUUCAUAAGUGGUGGAGAGUGCUGAUAAUAUACAUAGCCGGAGUAGUGGCCGGUUCGCUCGGUACAUCUGUCUCUGAUCCAACAGUUUAUUUGGCCGGUGCAUCCGGCGGUGUGUACGCGUUGAUUACUGCACACGUGGCGACUAUCAUAAUGAAUUGGUCGCAAAUGGAAUUCGCCGUCUUGCAGCUGUUAGUGUUCCUUGUUGUCACGAGUGUCGACAUCGGCCAGGCUGUGUACAAUCGUUAUAUUCUCGACACCAACGACCAAGUCGGUUACGUAGCCCAUUUGGCAGGCGCUAUAGCGGGGCUUCUAGUCGGCAUAAACAUUCUUCGAAAUCUCGAGGUUCAAACUUGGGAGAAAAUCGUUUGGUGGGUCAGCAUGUUCACCUUUACAGGUCUCAUGACCGCGGCUAUCCUGUGGAAUAUAUUGUAUACCUCGUAUUACGAAUGAUAUUCCAAGUUUCGGUAUUUAUUGUGUUCGAGUUAUUUGCGUUCUACGCAUGUGGCUCGAAUAUAUUAUUAUUAAAAGAGAGUAGAAAGAGAAACAAAACCUGCCUUGCCUAUUGUAUGUAUAUAUUACACAAAUUCAUUAUAUAUGUAUAAAAAUAUAUAU